AUGCAGCUCACCACUCUCAUCACUCUGUUCGCCACUGCCAUCGCCGUAAGCGCGACACCCGUCGAAUUAGAGGAGAAGCGUCAGCUCGAAGGCGCUCCUCGCGUCUACGCCCGCUUCUUCCGCGACAACGGUUGCGGGCCCACUCCAUGGGCUGAAGAUACUGUCUUCUUGCAGUCCGAGACUGUGGGACUGGCUGGAUGCCAGGAUCUGACUGUUGGGCCUUUCGCCAGCACCAGUUUUGACAUCAACAACUUCAGCAGGACUGUGAGGUUCUUCAACUUGCCUUGCUCUCAGCUCACGUCUACUACGAGCGGGAACUUUGUCGAUAUCGCUCCCGGCCAGGCUCCCAGCUGUAAGAACUUGGCUAUCCGGUCCUGGGUCACCAUCUAA